AUGACGCCUACAAAAUCAGCCUCCGAGAAAGAUAUCUACUCAGUCAUUCUUCCCACUUUCAAUGAGCGCCAGAAUCUCCCGAUCGUCACCUGGCUUUUGAACCGCACCUUCACAGAGCACAAUAUCGAUUGGGAACUCGUUAUUGUUGACGAUGGCUCACCUGACGGCACGCAAGAUGUCGCCCGGCAACUAGUCAAGGUUUAUCACCCACAUGUCCAGCUCCAAACUCGGACUGGGAAACUCGGCUUGGGCACAGCCUACGUACAUGGUCUGAAGUUUGCGCGCGGAAAUUUCAUUAUCAUCAUGGAUGCCGACUUCAGCCAUCACCCCAAGUUCAUCCCUCAGAUGAUCGCACGCCAGAAGGAGUGCGAUUAUGACAUCGUCACCGGCACCCGUUAUGCUGGUAAUGGUGGAGUUUACGGCUGGGAUCUUAAGCGCAAGCUCACCAGUAAGGGUGCAAAUAUCUUUGCGGAUACCCUAUUGCGGCCCGGCGUCAGCGAUCUUACUGGAAGCUUCCGGCUGUACAAGAGGAGCGUGUUAGAGAAGCUGUUUGAGAGUACUGACGUCCGGGGUUUCACAAUGCAGAUGGCUCUGGCAGUGACGGCCAAGGCUAAGGGUUUCACGAUUGCGGAGGUACCGAUUUCGUUCGUGGACCGGGUGUAUGGUGACAGCAAGCUUGGUGGUGAGGAGAUUGUUGAGUAUGCAAAGGGUGUCCUUAAGCUCUGGUGGCAGUUCUGA